GGGAAAUCUUUCCUGCAGCUGCAGUGGGAGUCUGUCCACCCAGUGGGAAUGAAAGCUUAAGUGUGUUUACAUCACUGUAGCAACAGGUGGCGGUGGACAACACAGAGGCGCAGGCCAUCAACAUCAUCCAGAAUAAAACAGUCCCCGUGUGAGUGAUUCCCGCUUGCUUGCCGCGGCUUCAUCCUCCGAGGCCACCUGGAAGCCGAGGAAGAGCUACGCACUGCGGCGGCUUCUCUGCCGUUUACCGGGAGGCGGAACCGGCCCGGAGGUGGGUGAACUGUCCCUACAAAAGCUGAACUGAAAGCUGCUACGGGGUCGAUGUUUUUAGUGGCGAUCCGCUCCUCGCCUGAGCUCUGAACAGGUCUCAGGUUCAUCACCAGAAGCGUUCAUCACCAGAUUGCGUUAGGAAAAUCUCCACUUUUAAUAUUCUCAUGCUGGUUGGCCAAGGGUGUUUGUGUGCGUCAGAGCAGGAUGGAGGCUGUAGCUGAGUGUGUAUGAGCCAUGGCGUCCACGUUGUCCCAGUGGCUGAGCUGCCUUAGAGUGAAGUUGCUGCGACGUUAUGAGCACCAGCCUUUUGUGUCGUGUCUGGCCGGUGUGUACGGCUGCCGGUGGAGACGUUAUGAAAGGAGUCAGCCGGGAGACUGCUGCUGCAACAAGCUGGAGGGUGCCAGCUUUACUCUGCUCGUGGCGGCUUUCUGCUUGACACUGGUGUUCCUCUAUUUCUGGGGACAAGCCAAGAAUGACUACAAUGACUUUGACUGGUUUAACUUCGGGAACCUGGGCUUCUGGUUCCCGUGGUCUGUGGUGCUCCUGGUCGUUGCCGCGAUCUUCUUCACCUACGUCACAGUGCUCAUGCUGCUGGCUGUGUGUUUGCUCUCAGAGGGCCAGAAGCUUUAUUUACACUGGGGUCACAAGGUCGGGAUCCUGGUGAGCCUGACGGUCUCCGUCAUAGCUACAGCCGUCUUGUCUGACCUGUGGAGUAAAGAAUGGAGGACACUGCUGCUGUCCUUCCAGGUAACAGCACCUUUCUUACAUGUGGGCGGAGUCUUAUUGACGACAUCGCUGGCUUGGCCUGUGGCGUUGCAUUUCUUUCGCAUGAAAAGCAGAGUACGGCGAGGCCUGAUCCUGGUCAUGUACCUGACCAUCCUGGUUUCCCUUUACUUGGUCCCCCUUGGGUUGUAUUCUCCUUGUAUUAAGGAGGAGGGGACUCUGGGCCCUGCACCGGCUCUCAUCGGCCACAGAGGAGCCCCUAUGCUCGCUCCAGAAAACACCCUGAUGUCCUUUGAGAGGGCGGUGGAGGCUGGGAGUGAUGGUCUGGAGACUGAUGUAACCAUUAGUUUUGAUGGGGUGCCUUUCCUGAUGCAUGACUACACUCUGCGACGGACCACCAACAUCCACGAGGUUUUCCCAAAUCGGACCAAUACCCCAGCUGCCAUGUUUACCUGGAACGAGCUGGAGAGACUGAACGCCGGGGACUGGUUUCUGUCUCACAAUCCGUUCGGCACGGCCGGCUCUCUGGGAGCAGAGGACCGACAGCGGGCUGGAAACCAGUCCGUCUGCAACCUCCAGACCUUCCUCCAGCUGGCAGCUCAGACGGACAAACUAGUGAUCUUUGACCUCUACCGUCCGCCCAGAGGUCACCCAUACAGAGACACCUGGAUCCAGCGCACGCUUGAAGUCAUCCAAAAUGAGUCAUCCAUUCAGUCCUCACAGGUGCUUUGGCUGCCAUCAGACCUCCGAGCUCUGGUCCAGGAACUCGAUCCUGAGUUCCAGCAGACUUCCGGCAGUCGGCUCCCUCUAGAGGAGCUCCAGAAUAACCACAUCGUCAAACUCAACCUGGACUACACCUCUAUGUCCACUGAGCUCAUCAGGAAGUACGCUGCAGUCAACAUAACCACCAACCUGUAUGUGAUCAGCCAGCCAUGGCUCUACUCCCUAGCCUGGUGUGCUGGAGUCCACUCAGUGACUACCAACGCCCCCCAGCUGCUCAGCACCAUCAGCUCCCCUCUGUUUAUCAUGAGUCCAGACAAGUAUAAACUGAUGUGGAUUCUCACUGAUCUGAUGUCCUUUGUGCUGAUUCUCCUCGUCUUCUUUUUUCACAGAUGGAGAGAGAGAGAACUGGAAUUCUGCUCCAGCAGCAGAAUCAAGCCAGAAAGCAACACUUACAGCAAAUUCAAAACAGAGAUGAGUGAUAUUUGGUCGGUGUCCAGUGGUAACUCGCCAUCGGAGAAGACGCCCAGCCUGGCAACCGUAACAGAGCACUAACGUCCACCGAGCCGGCAAAGCCAAGUCGCACACGGCUUGUAAAAGCUUCACCUUUGUCUUAAAGCAUUAAAGCCGCUGAAACAUUUCUUCACUCUGUUUUUGUCCGGUUUAGUGUUUUAAAUAAUUUUACAUUCAUUUUUACUCGUAUUCAUACUGUUGCAGUGGUAGAUGCUCAUAUUAAACAGUUUCAAAUAAUGAGGUGAGCUAGAAACGUGAGCCAAAAGCUUAGACUUCAGACUGCUUCAAACAGUUUUUUCUAGUCUUGGCUCUGUAUGAUGUAAUAACAAGCAGGAAUCCCUAAUGUAUGGAAGUUUCUUCCAGCCACUGAAUGUUUUUUUUUUUUUUUUUUUUUGCGUGAUCCCUAAGUCAACAUUAUGUGCUAGGUAUCUCAAAAUUUAGAUUUACUAAGUCAAACUUCUGAGAAAAUAACUCAGAAUUGAGAUAACCAGAAAUAUCAAGAUGAUCCAAAAUUUUGAGAAAAUGUUGACAGAUUGCAAAAAAUUUCUUCCCCACCCGCUUGGUGGCAGAAACAAGUUCACAUGCUAAUGUGGUCCUCUCGGGCACUAGGCUCUGUCUGUGAGCACAGAAGCUCCACCCACCUGCUGUCUAAACCUUCUGCUUUUGAUAGACAGCCAAUCAGAAGAAAGAACGCUUAAAGAGGAAGGAGCUAAAACAACUUUAGCACUGUUUUAGCGGGAAUAAGAUGAAUGAUUAUUAAACACAUUUGUGACUAAUUUCUCUUAAUAAAAUACA